AUGCCUCGGUUCAACGCUCCAUCCUCAAGAAAGCCAAAGGCCGCGAAUUCCACACCUCGUAUACGGCCUGCGGCCAUGUCUGUGACUCGAAAACCCACAGUCGAAGAUCAUGCUCCUGACAAUGAAAAGGGAUCAACGUCCCUCGGAGCUUCGUCUUGGCCAGAGAACCCAUGGGCAGACGUCGAGCAAAUCACCACACGGCCAAAACGGGGCCCUACAUUCGUCGACUAUUGCAGCAAGCCGGGCCAAUUCUGGCCAGACGGACAAGAGCCUCCCUUCAAAGGUCAGAAAGCCGCGAAGCGUAUCUUCGUCACCAAAGGCAAAACGCAACCGCGCAAAGAGAUCACCAAAAAUUACGAAGAAAUCAAAGAGCUGAAGAACUAUGUGCCGUCUGACAUAUUUCACCCACGAACGGGAGAUAUCGAACUCUACUACGACUACUCCGACUACGACGGUACCGACGAGGAGGAUCUAUUUGACAUCGACGAGGAUGACGCUAUACCUCCCCCCGCAGUCGCUCCCGUUCCUCCUCCUACCGUUGUCCCCGCUCCUCCUCGUGUCACUGUGCAUGUACCGGCUGCGGGCUGCCACAGUGUCAAACUGAAACGGAGCAGCAAAAGAUGGAAAAGAGGAAGAAGCUGA